CGUUAUUGGAUGUACGGGACUUCCAAGCCGAGAUAAGAAUGCCGUGCCGUGAUGUCGCCGUAUAUAGAGAUCACAAAUAACAUAUAAGUUUGUUUUCAUGUGAGUAUAGUUUGAUGAAGUUUCAGCUCUAUAGAGCGGAGAGCUUCUAUAGUCAAUUUUGUUAGAAAUUAUUGGAAUUAUGAAGCUCCACGGCUCCCUGGCCGCGGUAGCGGCGGCAGUGACCACGUUCUUUGAAGUUGCGCAGGCACACUGUUAUAUCUAUUCCGUCUAUGUCAACGGUGUCGAUAGCGGCACCUUCUCGGGGAUCCGCACGCCAGCGUACAAUGGACCGCCGCCGUACGGCUUCGCCAACGGCCCUGUUAAAGACCUCGACAGCAUUGACUUGCGAUGCAACGUGAUGGGCGAUCGCCAAGUGCCUCACACGAUCCAAGUAACACCGGGCGAUAACCUUACGAUGGAGUGGCAUCACGACGCACGCACGUCUACUGACGACAUCAUCGCGUCCUCACAUCACGGCCCUGCGAUGGUGUAUAUCAGCCCCGACCCACCAACCGAGAACUCGUUCGUCAAGAUCUGGGAGGAAGGAAAAUUCGCUCAAGGGGAGGGCCCAAGGGCACCCGGGAAAUGGGCCACUACCGCUGACAUUGCCGGCAACGGAGGCAAGAUGAACGUGAGAAUCCCCAAGGGCUUGAAAGCUGGCUUCUACCUUAUCCGGGCUGAGAUGGUUGGGCUCCACGAGGCGGAAGUUAGCUACAAGAAGAACCCCAUUCGCGGGGCCCAGUUCUACCCAAAUUGUAUUCAGAUAGAAGUCCUGGGCGACGGUGAUGUCAGCCUACCUGAAGGCGUCAGUUUCCCAGGGGCUUAUAAGUGGGACGACCCCGGUAUUAUCUACGAUGUCUACUGUUCGACGAAGACUACUACCACCGCCCCCUGCACCACAACUUACCAGGUCCCGGGUCCGACCGUAUGGUCCGGUGCGUGGCCCGAUACGCCGUCGGUUGAACUUGGUGCUAUGACUGGGGUUACAAAGGUUACGAGCUGGAAUACAUGGAUCUCAAAGUCGGUCGUCACAUCGGCGUCAGCCGGAAAGGUCUUGGGUACCUCUACUUAUCAGGCUCAGUGGUCAUCUACCUACCAUGCGCCUACGCCAACUGCAUAGACGAUAUGGGGAGAUAGUUGAUGGAUUAGGUAUUCACGUUUGAGAGUUUCAGGGGUCAUGCAAAAUGGUAAAAUUGCCAUUGAUAAAUCCAAACUAUUCAUGAGAUAAGUGAGAAUGUAAAUGUACAUUAGGUACCUCGCAUUGCUCAGGUUAAUGCCAUUUGUAUCGUGAUACCUGCCCAUCUUUAAGGAACUAGUUACAGACACAUAUAGGUACCUGUUAGAUUAUGCCA